AUGACGCCCUCCCAUCUAUCCAAGCGACACUCCUCUCCUAAGAAGCCUUUUCGGUCAACCGAGCGAAGCUCUUCCGCGGAGCAGACGAUCCCCCGAAGCUUACUUCUAGACGGCAAUAAGAACAUGGUUACCCAUAUCUCGUAUCGGAAAAGCGAGAGAGGGUCAUUCGAUAAUGGAGUUGAGUCCGGGCGCUGGGGGAUAGUUGCGGUCAAAGAUGCGAGAGUGAUGAGCUCUCUGUUAGUAGAGGACAUUCCUCGUGAUAUUGACCGCUGCAGGCAACCCUUUUUUGAAGGUCCAUGGGUAUUGUGGGGUGAUUUAGCUAGAUACGCGGGCCAGUCGGAAGAGCAAGUAACGAAAGUGAACCGAGUCAUGACGAUUCUUCGGACAGAACUCAUGCUCAAGAAACUCCUCCAGACAGUCAAGAACGUCGACCCGAUUUCAAUAAUUCACGGUGAAACGCCAAAGCUUGUCGCCACUAUUAACGCAAACCGCUUAUUACCGGCGCCCAAUCACGAAGAAGAGAAUGGCCAAACGUGGUCACGAUAUAACUCGAUGGGCGAGGACGCCCAAAGACUCAGGCAAAAAGAUCCUAUUCCAGAGACCACGGAGCCGGUGGGCCUUGCACCGCAGACUCCAAUAUCACCAGACACAGCUCUCGGGCUUCGAGGGCAAGAGCAGGAGCCUGAGCAGGCUUGCGACGGGGACGGCGGUAGGCCUAAUACGGUGAGUAGGUCCACUGUAGUGGACCCCACCGGCCGCGGCUCUGGAAAGGACAAGAAGGCAGCUUCGAGGAAGCGGGCUCGCACAGGUGAUGACGGUACCAAUGACGAUACGCCGUCGGGGAAUGAUGGCAAUGGCGGUGGGGGUGGUGAAACGAGAUCGACCGAGCAAGAGAAGAUGAGGUUUGCUUGUCCCUAUCACAAGCGGGACCCAGUGCGAUUCAACCAAGGGGCAUGUCGGGGGCCAGGCCCGGGGGGUUUUGAGAACUUUAGUCGACUCAAGGAGCAUGUCUGGAGAAAACACCGGCAAAUGCCCUCGUGCCCCCGUUGCCAGGAGCAGUUUCCGGACAAAGACAGCUUGCACAAGCAUCAGCGUCAGCAGGCUCCGGCCCAACGAAAAAAGCUGCCCCCGGGCAAGCUCUCGAAGAAGUCGGGGGUUGAUAAGUGGCGGGAUAUGUACCGCAUUCUUUUCAAUAUUGAUGAUAAUGCCCAGCUCCCAUCACCUCAUUAUGAGGAGAACGAAGGGUUCCUUUCGCAGGCGUCUGCUGACCUCUGGGAAAACCUUCUGCAUAAUCCUGAUCUCGAUGAGAGCAUGGCUGAUGUGUCUCGACUUAGAGACGAUCCUAUAGCCCAAGCGGCCGCCAUGAUGCAUCACCGGAGGGUGAUUUUCGAGCAGGUUCAACGCACAAUGAGAGGUGUUUCGCAGAACAUGAAAGCGAAGAAGCAGGACCCGACGGCAUUACCAGUUCCCUCGGUAGUGAUUUCGGGUUCAGCCUCUGGGACCCUGAGCCUGGAAUCACAAUCAGAAGUGGGACAGACGCCCAUCUCGUCCCCCAACACAGGCACUUCAUCUUUUGCCCAUUCAUGUUCGGAGGCCACUGGUCCGGGGGCGAUCGGAGAUAUGCCGCACAACGCCUCAUUAACGCCACCGGUGGGAUCACGACCCGGGGUGAUGAGGAGCGCUGAGAAGAGAACGCAAGACGGAGGAGUUGUCCAUCGUCAGCCAGGUUUAGAGACAUUGCCAGGGGUUGGAACUGUGGGGAUUUAUGGUGGCGGAAGCAGUCAGGAGAUUGGGGGAAAUACGCUGCCGGAUAUGGGCCCAGAGGCGUCGUCGGGGAUAGGUGAUGUCUUCAUUAACGCAGGUGGCGAGGACUGGGGAGCCGAACAUUUUGAUGGUGAGCUGUUUAGCCGUUUGCUUAGGGUUCCGCCCGAUUCCCAGGGAUGA